GUCUUUCCUAGACAUCCACAGGUUGCCCAUGCUGCACGGGGAAUGUAUCCGCUGUCAAGACAGAGACUGUGAUCACAACAAAGGCAGAAAUAGCACAAUAUUUUGGGGGAGUUUGGUCAGAGGACACAAUUCUCGAUUUUGGAGCCGCUGCGUAAUUGCGCCCUUUUCUGCAUGAUGACAGAAGUGGCCAGUCCCGCUUCAAUAAUGGAAUCUGAGAUGAUGUUCCAACCGGAGUCAGAUCAGAUGUCUCCAGUUGAACCCAAGUCUCCACCCCUGGACUUGAUCGACACGGGGAAGGGGUUAAAGGUCCAGACGGCUACGCCUCAUCUGGUUAGCCUGGGUAGUGGGAGGCUGAGUGUGGCUAUCACCCUGCUGCCACUGAAAGAAGGGGUAACCCGUAUAGGCAGAGAUGAUGCUCCAGUUCCUCAAGAUAUCACAAUAGAGGGGCCUGGCAUUGAGUCGGAGCACUGCCUCAUCAUCAAUGAAGGAGGGGUGGUGACCCUGGACCCCUGUGGUCACCUCUGCAGUCUGGAUGGAGCCCAGGUCACUGUGCCCACGCCGCUCACACAGGGUUACUCCCUGUGUCUGGGUAAGUCCUAUUUCUUCCGGUUCAACCAUCCUGAAGAGGCCAGCAGAAUGAAGAGCAUGCUUCCACAAAAGAGCCAUGUGUCCGCUCUAGCCUACAACACAGAUUACCUGAAGUUUAGCAGUGAUUAUAGCCAUGCAGUGGUGGGGGGAACUAGUAGUGCGAGGGGCAUGCGGUCAGCCUCUGAGCUACGAGACUUGAUGGACACCCUGCAACGCAAGAAAAUUGCCCUGGAAAACAGCCUGAGAGCCAAUGGGAAUGCUAACCCCUCCUACUUCAGUGUCACACAGUCUCCACCCACCACACCUGUCUCGACUCCUGCCACAUCCUCAUCAGCUUAUCAGGAACAGGCAAGGCGUUUCUACAGCUCAGAUCGUCCACCUAAGUCUGCUUCACCUCUUUCCCCUGGAAGACGAUCUGACCCCUCUUCUUCUCUGACUUCCCGCACAUCUGUUGGCCGCAGUCAGGACAGCUUUGGCUUCAGCGAUAGCCGACGACUGCACAACCAAGGCUCCUCUCCGUUACUGUCCACAUGGAAUGGUGGAGGCUCUUCCAGUUCUGUUGCUGCUAGUGAUAGCUUUCUUCUCUCUCCUCCUCCUUCCUCUUCCUCGUCCCGCACUCCAUCAGCAGGGGGCGCGGUCAGCAUGCCCUCAAGUCCCCGUCUAGGCCGCCGUACCUAUGGGAACCAAGAGCCGUCGCCCAGCGGUCGAACCAGGAAAUACUCAGCGGGCUCACUUAUUGGGAUGACGGGAGGAGGGCAUAGUCGCUCGCUACCACGUCUCUGUCCCUCCCCUUCUCCCCGUGACAAUAACAAUGGAGUGCUGACUUUGUCAACGCUGCCUCCACGACGGUCAGACGUUGCUGGGGGUUACCGAGUUAGCAGAGAUCACUACAGCCAGAAUGCCAGCACUGACCUCAACCAUAAUUCCAGUAGCUCCAGCCAACAAGCCUUGAACAGGAACCAAAUCCAGACCACAACUCAGGGUGAAGGUGUUGUGUCUAUCUCCCUCUCCACCCCUAAAAUCGCACCCUCCACCACCCACACCAUCUCUUCCACAACUGCCCCACCAGAUGUGACAAUCCCAUCCAGGGCAGGGGGCUCCUCUUCUCCUCGUGUUGCUAAAAAACUCAGCCUGACUUCCACUAGCUCACUGGGCUCUGUCAGCACCACAAGUUCCAGCCCUCCAGAUCCAGAACGGCUAGCUGGCCAUGGAGUCUCCUCAGGGAUAGAUGGGUCUUUGGGGGAGAGGGAGAAACGAGCAGUAGGCCUUGAGCUCACUGGCACCCUGGGCAUGGGACUCGGAGAGAGGAGGACUUCUUUUGGAAAGGCAGGGCUGGAACCAGGAAUAGGUCUGGGGGAGAGGAGGCAGUCAUUUGGAAAGGCAGGGGUGACCCCACCAGGGGGUUUUAGGGAAAGAAGGGGGAGUAUCAGCUCACUGAGUGGGAAGGAAGAAUUGACUGAUUAUCACCAACGGCAAAAAGAGGAGAGACUCCGCGAGCAGGAGGUGGAGAGACUGGAGCGUCAACGGCUAGAGACCAUCUUGUCUCUUUGUUCUGAGCUGGGCCGGACUGAAAGGGAUGGAGGAGGCACAGCUACAAGUCCCACUUCUGCUGUGGCCGACCUCCAAAAGAUCAACCAGGAGCUUGAGAAGCUUCAACUGAAUGAUGACGAUGAUGACACACCAUCUGUCUUUUCGGACUGUUCGGCUCUUAAUGGAUCGAUGGGGAAUGGACACAUGACCUCCCCUGGAUCAGAAAAUGGUUACUAUGAUGAUGAUCUCCAGGUACGACGGAGGCGCAGUAGUGGUCAAAGAGACAACAGGGCAGAAUCACCUGCUAUCAGUCUACGAAGCUUUGCCCCCUCACCUUCUCCACGUGGACUGAGGAUGAAUGAGGUUCUAAAUGAUGCGGCUCGCCGCCGUGGACAGGACAUGAUGCCUUCAGAGGAGGAAGUGAGGCGCGUGGAAGAAGAGAGGAUCCAAGUGCUGAACAACAUGGAGGAGCUGGAACAAAAAAUCAAAGAGCUGGACAACCAAAUGGACGAAUCUUCCCGAGAGGUGGAGGUGGAGCGAGCUCUGGUUGAGGCUGAGCAGGAGUCUGAGGUAGCUGCACUUCAGCAGGAAAAAGAUGCUUUGGAGGCACUUCACAACAAGAUGGCUGACCUGGAGACCAAGUCCCAGCAGGAAAAAGAAAAGGCGUGUGAGUUGCUGCAGGCAGAAAGGGGCAGAGUAGAGAGGUUGGCUCAGAUUGUGUGUGAGCAGCGCUCCCAGCUGGACAGCUGCCCUGAAGCUACCAAGGAGCCCCUGCAGGAGCAGCUAGCCAGGGACUGCGAGGUACUUGAGGCAGAGACUAAACGAUUUGAGGACCUGGAGUUUCAGCAGCUUGAGAAAGAGAGCAGGCAGGAUGAGGAGAAGGAGACACACACACAACAGCUUCUCCGGGAGAUCGCAGACUACCAGCGCAGCACUGUCACUCGCAAGGAGCGACUGUUAACUCUGAAGAAACAAGCGACGCAGAUUACUCAGCAGGCUCAGCGAGAAAAGGAAAGCUUCUUGAAAGAAAGGACCAACCUUGAAUCAAUGCUGCAAAGGGAGAAAGAAAGCCUUGCCUCACUGGAAAGAAAAUACGCUGACCUCACUGGUGGCCGGAGUUUCACUCUGAGAGAGGGCUAUGUCACAGUCAGUGAAAUCAAUGAGCUUUACUCACAGCUUGGGCAGGACCCUAAAUCUGCCCCUUCCAAAGCCUCCACUGAGUCCAAGGUAAACCCUUCCCCUGAUGACGACACCCCCAAACCGACGGAGGAUGAGCAUUUCCGUUUGCUGGAGGAGAGGAAGCGGUCUGAGAAAGACGGUGGGUCACAAUUAAGUGAUACAUUACCCCGAAAGAAAACUGCACCGAGCAUGAACCCCCAGUUUACGUGUGCAACACUCGGACGCAGCUUCCCUUCCAAGUCCCAUCAGCCGCUGGUACAGAGUACAAGUUGUGGCAGCAUACUUCCAAGAAUUUUCUCCUUAUCCAACAAGGAAAGUGAUUCUCGACGUCUGCAUAAAGGUCAGCCGAGCUCCCGAGCAGCCUCGCAGACCAACGUCUACCUCGAUGCCUUCGGGUACCGUGACAACCAGGCCUUUGACACAAUGAGUGUGGAUAGCAGUGACUCCAUUGAAACCAGCAUCUCUGCUUGCUCACCUGACAAUGUCUCCAG